GCCGGUUGGGGGUCUCGCUCUUGCAACACUACUGCUGCUGCAGCACCUGUGCCCCAGCACACGUGCAGCCAGAAUACUGUUUGUCUUUCCGUUUGACAUGUUGUCACAGUGCAAGCUAUUAACGCCCUAUCUGCUGGCCUUGCAUGAGCGCGGUCAUCAGCUGACCAUCAUCCAUGCCUUUGAUUGCGACACCAUGAAGCAGUUCCACUCGAUAUUCGUUAAAGAUCGUCAUGACACAGAUUCGGAUUUUGAUGCUCAUCAGUGGGACACCGUUUCUGAGUGGGUUGUACUCAUGUCAAUACGCAAUUUUUUUGUUAAGAUUGUUUUGAAUGUUUUGGAGAGCCCGGAAGUGCAGCAACUGAUGCAUUCCAAUGUGAGCUAUGAUCUGGUUGUGCUGGAGCCAUCGAAUACAGAUGGGCUCUUUGGCCUGGCAGCGCAUUUCAAUGCGAUUCUAAUUGGACUGGGAACAUGUGGUUCCGAUUGGACUAUGGAGACAUUUGUCGGCUACAGAGGAUCAUCAACGUUUGAGCCGGUGAUGUGGACCGGCUUUAAUAAAGGCAUAACACUGAUAGAACGUUUUUACAAUUGGAUACGAAUGUCCGAAGAGUGGAUGUUGUACUGGUUAAUCUUUCAGCCAGCACAACGUGCGAUUCACGAGCAUUUCUUUGGCCACCUCGAGCAAAGCUUUGAGGAAAUUCGACAGAACUUUUCGUUGAUAUUGCUGAAUCAGCACUUCAGUUUCUUCGAGGCACGAGCCAGUGUCCCCAGCAUGGUGGACGUGGGCGGCAUGCAUGUGCCCAAGCAGUUGCCAACACUGCCCGCAGAGCUGGAGCAGUUUAUUGAAGAGGCACAACAUGGUGUCAUCGUCAUGUCUCUUGGUCCAGAGAUAAAGAGCAAGGAUCUGCCGGCGGAAAAGCUGCGUAUAAUUGUGGACACCUUUGAGGCUUUGCCACAGCGCAUCAUAUGGAAAUUCGAGGGAAAUGUACGACCAAAUGUGAGCAGCAGCAUCUACAUGAGUGAAUGGCUCCCACAGCAGGAGAUCGUUGCGCAUCCUAAUUGCCGGCUGCUCAUCAGCCAUGGCGGCAUACUGAGCAUCAUUGAGGCAGCCUAUUAUGGGAAGCCCGUGCUCGGAUUUCCCGUCUUCUUCGAUCAGUUCCGCAACUUGGAGCGCAUGCAGGUGGAGGGCAUGGCACAGAGGUUAGACAUCAGCACGCUGACCAGGCUGGAGUUUGAGACAGCAUUGAGAGAAAUGUUGGCCCUGCCUCAAUAUCGAAGAAAGGCGCUAGAACUAUCGCAGCGUGUUCGAGAUCAGCCGAUGCAUCCACUGGACGUGGCUGUCUUUUGGACGGAGUACGUUUGGCGUCACCAGGGUGCACCCUACAUGCGUGUGUCCACCUCCAAAGUGAAGCUAUUUGAUUACUAUUACUUGGACAAUAUACUCGGUGUUCUUUCGCGGUUUGGACUACUUAUUGGCUUGGUGGUUUAUGUGCUCUGCAAGUUGUUUAAAUGGCGGUAAUAGUUUGCCCACUUAUGAAAAGCAAAUAUUUGCUGUUAUCUUAUCUAAAUUGUAGUUGCUAAUUUAAUCAGAUAAUGUGUUGAUAUGAUUUUUUGUACUUUACGAGUGUAGGCAUUAUAUACUAAGCGCAUUUGCUAUGUUAACUCGAUAAUGCCAAUCGUUUUAGAUGAUAUAUACACUAUGCCACAAGCGAAUCUGCACCUCUGACAAUUUUAUUGACUGCCAAGAAAAAUAUUCGAAUAGUUGACUCUAUGGAGAUACUAAAUUAAGGAAAGUAUUUUAAAUAAGAUAAAUAUAUUAUGCACUAAAAAAUGUAUU